ACAGCGAAGAAAACUUGUUCAGACGUAGAUUUGGUGAUUUGUGAAAAUGCAGUAAAAAAGCUAUCGUGAAUAAUUUUAUUAAAAUUUAAUGAUGAGAUUUUUAAGAAAUUUAAGUAUUCUGUUAAGUUUUAAAUGUCUUAUUGUAGUGCUAAUAUUAGGUUUAACAAGUUCAGUCGACUGCCAGAAUGAUAAAGAAGACAGAAAGCGUGGUAAAUUCAUAGGGAGCUUUAGUACAUUUGAACAUCAAGUUACUGGUGACGUUUAUGCGGUUGACGAGACUACAUUUCUCUUAGUGAAUUUUAACUAUGACGGGAACGGCAUUGACACAUUUUUCUGGUCUGGUGCAAGUAAUCGACCAGGUCCACAAGGAUUUAUUGUUCCGGACGAGUAUGGAAAAACCAACGUUCUGUUGAAAUAUUUCAACAAAGACUUCACUUUGACCCUUCCUGAUAAUAAACUAAUUACUGAAGUUAAAUGGUUAGCAAUUUAUGAUCUUGGAUAUCAAUUAAACUUUGGAGAUGUUCACAUACCAGAAGAAUUCGAACCGCCAGCACCACAAAGAGUUGGAAGUUUCAGCAAAUUAAGUCACAAUGUCAGCAGUGCAAGUGUUGAAAUUUUAGAUUCAAAACGAAUAAGAAUUCCAAACUUUACUUAUAAUGGUUUGGGUAAAAGAACUUUCUUUUGGGCAGGUGUUGGUGCACAACCAAUAAGCAAAGGUUUUAAAAUUCCGGACGAACUUGGAUAUUUAGAUCCGAUUCGAGAGUAUAAAGACGAAACCAUCACGCUUGAAUUACCAGGAGAAGAAACGAUUUUUGACAUCGAUUGGUUAAGCAUUUAUGAUUUAGAAACAAAUGUAAACUUUGGUUCGAUUCUCAUCUCCGAUGGUCUCAACGUUCCCCCGUCUUUGACAAAAAUCAUUUCACAUAAUUUAGCGCUGCCAAACUGCCGACAAUUGCAUAAGAAUCUGCAAAUAUCAUGGGAAGUUUUCGGACCAGCAAUCACAAUGCAACUGACAGGUCAAGUCGAACUCGACGAUUACAUGACAUUUGGAAUUUCUGGUUCUGAUAAGCGAUCGCAAAUGCAUGGAGCUGACGUUGCCGUUACUUACAUUGACGGUCAUCUCGGUUAUGCUGUUGAUUACAAUAUUGAUUCACUUGCACCUUGUGUUCAAGUUCUUGGUCAAAACAAAGGAGUUUGUCGUGAUGAUGUUGUUGGUGGUCAAGAUAAUUAUCAACUUCAUACAUUCAUGCGUGAAAAUGGACUCAACAAGAUAACAUUCAGGCGAUCAUUAAUUUCAUCUGAUCCUAUGGACAAAGAAUUUCUACUUGAUCGAGCGCUUUACGUUGUGUGGGCGUUAGGAAAGUUGGACACAAACAAAGAACCUGCUUUUCAUGAAAUUUAUCCUAAAAAGGAUAAUUUGAUUCACUUCAACACUUCAGAACCGGUUGAUGACUGUUUUAGUUUCACUUCGAAUGAUGAGAAACCGGAAAUUGAACUCUGGGAACGAAAUAAUCUUUUUGAUAAGUCGAUUAGAUCAUUUACUGCUACAUUGGGGCCAUCAGGUGGUAAGAAAGGAUAUUCUGGAAUUACUAAUCAUGUUUCAAAUGGUCUUGCAUGGUACAUCAAUGGAUUCUUAGCCCCAGAUUUGUAUCUUCGUCGUGGUUUAACUUACUCAUUUAAAGUUCGUGGUGGAAACAAUCCACACUCUCCAGAAUUUUAUCAUCCAAUGGUGAUAACUGAUGAACCUCACGGUGGCUUCGAUCGUUUAAGUGACUUGAAACAAAGUGAAAUUCGUGUAUUAGCUGGUGUUGAAUAUUCACGUCGUGGACGACCCAAACCAACUGCAGCUGGUCCGCUUUGCAUCUCCAAAUAUCCACCAAAUCAAGAUCGACGUUUAGAUGAUAAUUUUCCAACAUUCAGAAAGUUUAAUCGAAGUCUCAUAUCAGAUUGCGGUGGAACUGAAAGCGCAAUACUUGAAAUAACUCCAAAUUCAUCAUGGCCUGACACUGUCUAUUACAAUAGCUUUACUCAACGAAACAUGGGCUGGAAAAUUCACAUUGUUGACAAUUAUGUAAAAGCGAGCUUUAAUAAUGGUUCAAUUUUAUUGACUAAAUCUUCAACUAUUAUCUUCACAAUCUUCACAAUUUUCAUAAUACUCAAUAAUCAUUUGCUCUAAUAGAAAUAGAAAAUCAAACAGACAGACAGAUAGAGAGAGAGUGAUAAUAUACAUAGAGAGUGUGGGAUAAGAUAAUGGACUGUUUCGUUCGUGAUAAUAUUGAGUCAGCUUUACAACAUUAGCUUCGUAAUAAAAAAAAUGGUGGAUUAAAUUUAAUUAAAAAUAUUAUAAUAAAAUGAAAUGAACAUGCUUCGUCAACUAAUUUCAUCAGUACGAAUUGUGAUUUAAUUAUUAUUCAUGGUCUUGAAC